GGAACGUGGUGGAAUUGCUUCAGCUACCACCAUCCACACUCCUGCAACGGACUCUGUACAGCUGGGCCUCUGACUGCACAGCCUCUGGCAAAGGACACGAGGGACUACUCUGCUCUGGGGGACCCAGCGGCAGAAGGCAGGAGGUUCAACAACUGCAACAAAUAAACAAUUAUUCACACAACCCAGCCAUUUGAACACCCACUUAAAUUCUUAAAUAGGAGCUUGCCACUGAGAGCAAAGAGUUUGGAUGAACUUCUUCUCACAGAGGCACAAUGACUACGGUAGCCCAGAAGCACUUCCUGGAAGGACAGACGUACUCCGUGCCCCUGAUCCAGCCGGACUUGCGCAGGGAGGAGGCUGUUCAGCAGGUGGCCGAUGCACUUCAGUACCUGCAGAAGGUGUCAGGAGAUAUUUUCAACAGGAUCUCUCAGCGGGUGGAGGCCAGCCGGGCACAACUUCAAGCCAUCAGUGAGAGAGUCACCCUCGCACAGGCAAAGAUUGAGAAGAUAAAGGGCAGCAAGAAGGCUAUUAAGGUAUUUUCCAGUGCCAAGUACCCUGCCCCUGAGCGGCUGCAGGAGUACAGCUCAAUAUUUGCUGGUGCAGAAGACCCAGCUAAACAGAAAUGGCCGAGACACAAGAUUCAGAGCAAGCACCGAAUGCUGGAUGAGAAAUCUCUGCAGGAAAAGCUCAAGUACUUCCCUCUGUGCGUGAGCACCAAAAUUCACCAGGAGGACGAUGCAGAAGAAGGUCUUGGCAGCCUCCCCAGGAACAUCAGCUCCCUCAGCUCCCUGCUGCUCUUCAACACCACAGAGAACCUGUACAAGAAGUACGUUUUCCUGGAUCCUCUGGCUGGAGCAGUGACCAAGACCCAUGUGGCUCUGGAAACAGAGACGGAAGAGAAGCUGUUUGAUGCUCCUCUCUCCAUCACCAAAAGGGGACAGCUGGACCCCCAGGUAGCUGAAAACUAUUUCUACGUGCCAGACCUGGGCCAGGUCCCUGAGAUCGACGUGCCGUCCUACCUGCCGGACCUGCCUGGCAUUGCUGCGGACCUCAUGUACAGCGCGGACCUGGGCCCCGGCAUCGCACCCUCCGCGCCCAGCAGUGCUAUUCCGGAGCUGCCCACGUUCAACACCGAGUCGGUGGAGCCUUUGCAACCAGACCUUCAAGAUCCUGGGCUGUUGCCGCCUCCCCCGCCGCCGCCUCCCCCUCCACCUCCUGUUACGCCAACAACCGUGCCUCCCCCACCACCCCUGCCCCAGCCCGCUGCGCCCCCUGAACCCCCUGGGGCAGCGAGCGAGGAGAGCAGCAAGGCCGUGCCUGCAGCUGCGGUCCAGGGAGCCCCCAAGGAGGUGGUGAACCCCUCCACCGGGCGCGCCAGUCUCCUGGAGUCCAUCCGCCAGGCUGGCGGCAUCGGGAAGGCCAACCUCCGCAGCGUCAAGGAGAGGAAGCUGGAGAAGAAGAAGCAGAAGGAACAAGAACAAGUGAGAGCUACGGGACAAGGUGGAGACCUGAUGUCAGACCUCUUCAACAAACUGGUGCUGAGGCGCAAAGGUAUUUCAGGGAAAGGCCCAGGAGCCACAGGAAAUGCCGACGCUCCUGGAAGUCCCGCUGGUGCCUUUGCUCGGAUGUCAGACUCCAUACCGCCCCUCCCACCCCCACAGCAGCCCCCAGGUGAGGAGGAUGAGGAUGACUGGGAGUCGUAGGCAGUGGCAGCUGCGCUUCAGCGUGAAUCCCAGGACUCUAGAGCUAAGCACCUUUGAGAGACACCAGUCUGUGGAAGUAUCUCCAGAGGGCAGGCUCUUGAAGAGGAGCAGGAGCAGCAGGCACUAAGGCUGCGGAAUAGGUACCAGUGAGGGUUUUUCUUCUGUUGUCUGCCGUUCUCCACCCCCAGUACUACAUUCCAUCCAAACCACUGCUCACAGCUGCUCAAUAAAUCCUGCUGUAGCCAGAGGGCAGUAGGGCAGCUGGUGCUCAGAGGACCAGGACAAGCAUUGCUCCUGAUUUAAAGGGCCCCUGGUCUUGCCUAACGUGACUGGUGAUGACUGCGAGAGCCUCUCUGGCAGGCAAACAGCCCUUGCCGCAUUUGUCUCUGUGCUGCUUGCUUGCUGAAGCUCCUGUUUGUUUGGGUGUUGCUAGUUCUGAGUUCCUGAAGCUGGGUGGUGAAGAGAGGAUGAGAGUCUGACAGUCCCUUUGUGCUGGGCGGGGGUCUAGUUACUGGUGCCUCUGUACUUGAUGGUUUCUUUCUCUAACUGGCCUAUGGCAAUUGUUUGGCUGUUGCUUUCUGAAAAAUGGCAAUAAAGUUCAAGAAAGCAGGUC